AUGGAGUUUAAUUCUAAGCUAGGCAAUGAUGAUGAUGGGGAAGAAGUAGACAGGGGGAGAUAUCAGCGACUCGUGGGAAAACUAAUUUAUCUAUCUCACACCCGACCUAAUAUUGCAUUCGGUGUGAGUGUCAUCAGUCAGUAUAUGCAUGCUCCAAAGGAAAAACAUUUGGAGGUAGUUUACAGGAUGCUAAGGUAUUUAAAGGUAACACCGAGUAAAGGUCUUCAUUUCAAGAAAAACACCAGUCGUGACAUAGAACUUUACACUGAUGCUGAUUGGGCAGGAUCAGUGAGUGACAAACGAUCUACAAGUGGUUAUUGUAGCUAUGUUUGGGGCAAUCUUGUGACAUGGAGAAGUAAAAAACAGUCCGUUGUGGCUCGUAGCAGUGCAGAGGCAGAAUAUUGA